AUGGAUGCCCCACCGUGCAUUACGCUGCUUGGUCCCUCGACGUCGCUAGAGGCUAAGCGGAAGCAGCUUUUGGAGCAGGUUCAGGCUGUCGCCCCGCACGUCCAGCAUCUGGAUGGCGUGUUUCUGCACCUGGUCCUUGUGCCUUCGCACGACGAGCUAUCGAUUCUCCAAGACGCGUCGAGUACCGAGCGUCAGCGUCUGGAUGAUCUUUUGAACUACGGUGAUGAUAUUGUGCUGCCCGGCACGCGUGAGGUUGUCCAGCUCGCGCUUCAGGGACAGAGGACGGCUGGUAAGGAUGUCCUUUUUGUCCUGCCUCGUCCCGGCAACACGACGCCAUGGUCAUCGAAGGCCACGGAUAUUUCGCAUAUUUGUGAGAUGGAUGGCAUGAUUGCGCGUAUGGAACGCGGUAUGGCUUUUGUUCUCGAUGUGAUGGAGCCGCUUUCUGACGACGAGUUGGGCCGUGUGCAGUCAUGCCUACACGACCGUAUGACCCAGAUUAUUUCGCGCGAGCCGCCGUCGGUACACAUAAAGGAACUUUUCGGCCAUGGCGAGCCCGGUGAGCUACGGAUUGUGGAGCUGCUUUCGUCGGCAGAUGAUACCAAUUGGGAAGCAGCACACGACAGCCUCGAGGUCGCCAACAAGCAGUAUGGUCUGGCGCUAGCACCGGAUGAGAUCAAUUACCUUGUCGACGCCUUUGUGCGUGGACAGGGCGACACUGCGCCUCUACGGCGGAACCCCACGGAUGUCGAGCUGUUCAUGUUUGCUCAAGUCAACUCGGAGCACUGUCGCCACAAGAUUUUUAAUGCAACGUGGACCAUUGAUGGCAAAGUGCAGCCGCAGUCGCUCUUUGCGAUGAUCCGCAACACACACAAGGUGACGCCGGACCACACCAUCAGUGCGUACUCGGACAAUGCCGCCGUUCUGGAUGGCUCGGAGGGCGUUCGUUUCCUCCCUGUGCCUGAUGCCUCAUCGCCUGCGAUCCCAAACGUGUACAUCGGUCGUCGAGAGGCGAUGCCGAUCUUGGCGAAAGUCGAGACUCAUAACCACCCCACGGCCAUCUCGCCGUACCCAGGUGCCGCCACGGGCUCAGGUGGCGAGAUUCGUGACGAAGGUGCCGUGGGCCGUGGCUCCAAGCCUAAAGCGGGUCUGGCCGGCUUCAUGACGUCGAAUCUGCUGCUGCCUGGCGAAGCGCGGCAGCCGUGGGAAGAGGACGUGGGACAGCCGAUGCAUGUCUCGAGUGCGUUCGAGAUCAUGCGUGACGCGCCGAUAGGCUCGGCAUCGUUUAACAAUGAGUUUGGACGUCCGGCUCUGACUGGUUUCUGGCGCACGCUGUGUGAGAAGGUGCCGACCGACAAGGGCACGAUGGAGUGGCGUGGCUACCACAAGCCGAUCAUGCUGGCUGGUGGUCUGGGCAAUGUGCGCCCUGCCUACACAUUCAAGGGCCACAUUGAGCCGGGUGAUGCGCUUAUUGUCAUGGGCGGUCCUGGUUAUUUGAUUGGCCUCGGAGGCGGUACGAGCUCCUCGCUGGCUGGUGGCGGCGAAGGCAAUCGGUCACAGCUAGACUUUGUGAGUGUGUCGCGUGAGAAUGCCGAGAUGCAGCGCCGCUGCCAAGAGGUGAUUGACUUUUGCUGCACCUGCCAGACGAACCCGAUCGAGAGUAUCCAUGACGUGGGUGCUGGCGGUCUGAGCAAUGCGCUGCCAGAGAUUGUGCACGACGCCGGUCUCGGUGCCGUGUUUGAGCUGCGUGACGUGCCUCUGGGUAACUCAUCUUUGAGCCCCCUGGCCAUCUGGUGCAACGAGAGCCAAGAGCGCUAUGUGCUGGCUGUCCGCCCCUCGAAUCUCGCCGCCUUCAAGGCCAUAGCCGAGCGUGAGCGAUGUCCGAUCGCUGUCGUUGGCUACGCCACCCAAGAGCAGCGUCUCGUGCUCCAUGACCGACUGCGGAACGAGACGUGCAUUGAUCUGCCCAUGUCGACGCUCUUUGGCAAGCCGCCCAAAAUGGAGCGCUCGGCCGUGCAUGUUGAGCGCCAGCUGCAGGCAUUUGAUGCUUCGCUGUCGGCGUACCUGCCGGGCUUGGACGAGCAGGCUCGUAUCGCUGCGGCUGCGGACCGUGUGCUGCACCUGCCGUCUGUCGGCAGCAAAGCUUAUCUGAUUACGAUCGGCGACCGCAGCGUCACGGGUCUAGUUACGCGUGACCAGAUGGUGGGUCCGUAUCAGGUACCUGUGGCUGAUGUGGCUGUGACGCGCACGUCGUACUCGUUCGAUGACGAUGCGCCUGGUGAGGCCAUGACGAGUGGCGAGCGCACGCCGCUCUCGAUUCUGAGUGGCGCUGCCGCAGCGCGCAUGGCUGUAGCUGAGACGCUGACCAAUAUGGCUGCGGCCUACGUCGACGACAUUACCAAGGUCAAGCUGAGCGCCAACUGGAUGUGCUCGGCUGGAUACGAGCAGGACGGCGCGACUCUGUACGACGCCGUCCAGGCCAUUGGCUUGGACCUGUGUCCCAAGCUGGGCCUGUCGAUUCCCGUCGGCAAGGACUCGAUGUCGAUGGGCAUGUCAUGGCGCACAGAGGCCGGCGAAGCACGCACGGUGCAUGCACCUUUGAGUCCCAUCAUUACCGGCUUUGCACCCGUGGAACGCGUGUCCGAGACUUGGACGCCGCAGCUUCAGCGCAUGGAAUCGAGCUUAGUGCUGAUUGACCUGGCCAAUGGCCAUCAACGUCUGGGUGGCUCCGCGUUGGCGCAAGUGUUCCGUCAAGUGGGAACGGAGUCGCCGGAUGUGGAGAAUGCGGACGUGCUCAAGGCCUUCUUCCAUGCCAUGGCCAUGCUCAAGCAGCUGCACGCCAACAUGCCGCAGGCAGCUCCGCUUGUGCAUGCAUACCAUGAUCGUUCGGAUGGUGGUCUGCUGACGACGGUGCUGGAGAUGGCGUUUGCGGGACGUGUGGGUGUCGACCUGGACAUUUCCCAAAUUGUGCGUGCCUCGCCUAUCGCGGCCCUCUUUAAUGAGGAGCUGGGUGCCGUCCUGCAAGUGCGCAGCGCUGACGUGUCUGCUGUGACGUCUGUGCUCACAAGUCUCGGUGUGCCUGGUCAGGCCAUACGCGUCAUUGGUCACGUGCGUUUGGAAGAUGAAGACAUUCACGUCCGCUGCCAUGGUCAGGCAGUGUAUUCGACGACUCGCGCCGACGCCCAAAAGGCGUGGGCUGCGACGUCGUUCCACAUGCAGACGCUGCGAGACAAUCCAGAGUCGGCCAAGCAGGAGUAUGCGCUGAUUAGUGAGUGCAGCGAACGCACAGCUCUGACGUACGAACUGACGUUUUCGCCCGCCGACUCGUCCAAGUGGUCGGAUCCUGAUACCGUGGAGCGGCCCCUCGCAUCGCAGCCACGUGUGGCCAUUUUGCGUGAACAGGGCGUGAACGGCCAUGUCGAGAUGGCAUGGGCCUUCGCUCAGGCGGGCUUCUGCGUGGUGGACGUACACAUGACCGAUUUGCUGUCGAAGCGCGUGUCGCUGGAGCCGUUUGUGGGCUUGGCUGCCUGUGGUGGCUUUUCGUACGGUGACGUGCUGGGAUCCGGCCGUGGCUGGGCCCAGUCGAUUCUGCACUCACCACACGUGAAUGCUGAAUUCGCGGCCUUCUUCCAGCGCGAAAAGACAUUCGCCCUCGGCGUGUGCAAUGGAUGCCAGAUGUUCAGUGUGCUUGGCCGUGCAGGUCUCAUUCCCGGCGCUGAACACUGGCCGCUGUUUGCGCCGAAUGAAAGUGGCCGCUUUGAAGCACGGUUUACGACCGUGGAGAUCAAGUCGACCGACUGCAUCUUUUUCCGUGGCAUGCAAGGCAGCCGCAUCCCAGUCGCACUCGCUCAUGCUGAAGGCCGAGCUUCGUUCCGUGGCUCGUCGACGCUCGAAGGACUAGAUGCCCAACGCGGCAUCGCGCUCAAGUACACGGACCACCGCUUCCCCCUCAACCCCAACGGCUCGACAGCCAAUGUGGCAGGUGUGACGGCGAACAAGGGCCGGGUACUAGCACUCAUGCCGCAUCCUGAGCGUGUCGUGGCGACACAAGCACUCAGCUGGGUGCCGUCGGACAUGGCCAACCGCUGGAACGGACGCAGUCCGUGGUUCCGCAUGUUUGAGAACGCACGUACCUUUGUCGCAUAG